AUGUGGCUGGCCCAGUACAAUUGUUGUCUAUUGGAAUAUAAAGUGUAUGGGUGUAGAAACAUCGAUAGCAACGUACGAGCUCAAACUCUCAGCGCAGUGGCGGGUUACACUGCUGGAGAGCGAGAUAAAGAAGUGGUGUUUUUUGUUAAUCUACAAGUCACAGCAACCCCUUGUAAUACUGACGAGUCACAGGAGGACGGAACCCCUUGUAAUACUGACGAGUCACAGGAGGAUGGAACCCCUAGUAAUACUGACGAGUCUCAGGAGGACGGAACCCCUAGUAAUACUGACGAGUCUCAGGAGGAUGGAACCCCUAGUAAUACUGACGAGUCUCAGGAGGACGGAACCCCUAGUAAUACUGACGAGUCUCAGGAGGACGGAACCCCUAGUAAUACUGACGAGUCACAGGAGGACGGAACCCCUAGUAAUACUGACGAGUCACAGGAGGACGGAACCCCUAGUAAUACUGACGAGUCACAGGAGGACGGAACCCCUAGUAAUACUGACAAGUCUCAGGAGGAUGGAACCCCUAGUAAUACUGACGAGUCACAGGAGGACGGAACCCCUAGUAAUACUGACGAGUCACAGGAGGAUGGAACCCCUAGUAAUACUGACGAGUCUCAGGAGGACGGAACCCCUAGUAAUACUGACAAGUCUCAGGAGGAUGGAACCCCUAGUAAUACUGACGAGUCUCAGGAGGACGGAAUCCCUAGUAAUACUGACGAGUCUCAGGAGGACGGAACCCCUAGUAAUACUGACAUGUCUUAG